GUGCAUUGUUGGUAACCCUACGCAAUCGUUCGCGUUGCCGUCGCUCGUACGUGUUUUCUUUUUCUGGCCAUGUUGAUUUUCAGGUUCGUUCUUUUGUUUGUUUUGCGUUCUAUCGUUCUUGCUUUUACUUGCUUUCCUGAAGUGCGUUUGAAACACCUUUGCAGAAGCGGAAGAACAUCGCCCAUUUUCUUCGUCAUGGCGCUGGCGAUGUUGUACAGCUUUGUGGAAAACUGCUAUUAUCAGUAUCCACCGGCCGUUCUGUUUUACCUGCCGCUACUAAGGGAUGGCAAACAUGGAGAACACGUCUAUUACAUGCCAUACAGCCACGUUCCCAGCUACUGCCUCGGAAUCGUUGCUGGCUUCUGGUAUACGAACAAGUCACAUCAACUGCCUAAGCUCAAGGUGGCCUUUCUGUGGGUGGCAGCACUUUGCGCUAUCUGCAUCGCCCAGUUCGGCAGUGUCCUGUGGGCGGGAUACGAACACCCUUCAAGGAUCACGACGGCUAUGUACGCGGCCACACACCGAGGACUGUUCAGCGCGGGAAUAGCUUGGGUCAUCUACGCCUGCCUCACAGGCAGAGCCGGGUUCCUCACGAGCCUACUGGCAUGGCCUGGAUGGGCUCCGUUGAGUAGGCUUUCCUUCUCCGCAUACAUGAUUCAGGAUAUCGUGAUCCAGUAUGAGUGGAGAAGUCUUGCCAGCAGAGUUGACGGAGGCUAUUAUUUCAUGCUGGUCCUGUCGGCUGGGAACUUCGUCGCUUCAAUUGUGGCCGCGUUUCUGCUGCACACAUUUUUCGAGAAGCCUUUCGCUGUGUUGGCCGCCAUACUUGAAGAACAUUUUCUGCCACCAGGACGUCAAGUCUUGCCACGCCCACUGAAAAGCACAACGGCGUCAUCGCAGGGUCCACGCACAGCCACGAAGGCAACUGAUUCAAGACAUAAUGAGAAAGAGUGCACCAAUUGAGGUGGACAGCAACCCCGCAUGGAGCCAAGGGUGCUUUCCAAGGAACGCCUGUCAGUUUUAGCGGAAACGAAAACAGUUCAGUGCCUUCUGUGAUAUCAAACGCACUCGUCUGUGUAGAUGAAAUGCUACGCCACCUGAACUCUCAAGUUACCACAUGCUGCGCUAGGUGUAGCGCUUUCAUUGUGAUAAUGUAUUCACUUUUUCGUACUUGGUUGAAGGGAGGACUGUUGGACUAUGACUGUGAAGUUCUAACAUAUUCGAAGAGUAACUUUCUUUGCUGUCAUUUGCGGGAAAUGUUGCGUUUUCAACGACGAAAUAAAUGUAUAACGCCAGGAAGCCAUAAAAGGGGAUAGGGAAGUCAAUCAUUGAAGUUAGAGAAAAUGGUGCACAUGAAACAUUUGCAUAAAGAAACGCGUAUUGAUUGAUUCAUUCAUUGGAUGAGGCAUCCUGUUUCCGUUUGAUAUAUAUAAAAAAAGCCUCGUUCAUUCUGACGCACAUUUUCGACUUGCAUCAAGUGCGUAUUGGUCUUGAAACUGGGUUUUACGCGAAUAACAAUUCGCGAUCUUUUUUUUCUUUCACUGCUACGACGUUAUAAAUUAUUUUUUCACGCGGAGAUAAGGACUAUUUACUACAACAUAAAAUUAGCAGCAAUAUUAUACGCAUCAGUUGUAAUAUUAACUGAGUAACUUGGAAGGAUAGCUGUUGCCGGUUUCCUUAUUUUCAUUCGCUCUUCUAGAAGCGAAGUAAUACUUCAAGCGCUGCGUGACUGAGUCACAAAUAUCCAGAUAACGAGAAAAGUCAUGCAUUUUCAAUGCACUUGGUUCAAACUCGCAGGAAAC